AUGAAAGUUGUUGCAGUCGCAGGCGGAACUGGAAGCGUGGGUAGCACCAUCGUCGAUGGUCUCGUAGAGUAUGGGAAACACAAAGUGUAUGCUCUGUCCAGAAAGGAACGACCGCCGCAAGGCGCUGUGAACUACUUCAAAGUGGAUUAUAAUGACCCCGAUGCUAUCACGAAAGCCCUAGAGGCCGCAGGAGUCAACAUUCUCAUUUGCGCUAUCAGCGUCGUAUCACCAGAGGCAAACCAGGCACAGAAGAAUCUGAUCCGAGCCGCUGAACGGUCUUCAACUACUGACCGCUUCGUCAUUAGUAGUUUUGAUAUGCUGCAUGUUAAAGAAUACACCUUUGAAGCUAUCGAUGAGCUUGAAAAGACUAACCUGACGUACACUCGCAUUGCCAACGGCUGGUUUCUCGACUACUACGGCAUGCCGCACUGGAAGUGUAAUCUCGAGCCAUGGAUCAAUAUCCUUAACAUGAAAAGCAAAUGGGCAGUCAUUCCAGCCGAUGGAAGUAUUCAAGCCAGCUUCCUCACGUCUCAGGAUAUGUCCCGAUUUGUUGCGCGCCUGAUGGAUCUUGAAAAGUGGGAUACCAUCAGUGCCAUUCGGGCCAACACCCUGUCAUUCAACGAAUUGGUGUCGGCUGCGGAAAAGGCCAGAGGUAAGACUGUCGAUAGCCUGGAGAAGUUGGAGUCUCGUAAGAUUUCGUUCUUUCCUGAUUAUCCUUCGAUUGGUCACGGUAAAGGUGAUGAGGCAUUCUUCGCUAUGAUCCAUUAUCAAGCAGGCAUUGGUCGGUAUCUUGUGCCUCGAGAUCUUCCACCGCUGGACGACAAGUUUCCGGACUUAAACGUCACAACACCUUUGGAGGUCAUGGAAAGUGCCUGGAAGGGGAAAUGA